AAGCUUUAUUCAUUCUUUGCCUAAAGCACAAUGAAUAAUGUGUGUGUGUGUGUGUGUGUGGAAAGCAUACAAAAAUAGCGAAAUAGAGAAAAUAACGCAUGAAUCUUGUUUGAUGAUGAUGAUGAUGAUGAUGAUAAUUAUGAGCAUCCAACAACAACAACAACAACAACAAAAAAUGAUAAUGAAUCGUAAUCGUAAUGAAACAACCGGUGGAAAUAGUGGUAAUCCACAACCACAACCACCACCACCACCACCACCAUCAUUAUUAUCACAGUCAACGAAUCCAAUUAUACAACAACAAAUGCAAACACAACCAUUACGGAUAAAGGCAACAUCAAUUUAUGCCGAUUAUAUAAUGACCGAUACUGUACUUGGUCUCGGUAUCAAUGGUAAAGUGAUUGAAUGUCGAUCAAAAUUGACUGGACAAAAAUAUGCAAUAAAGGUUCUUCGUGACAAUACAAAAUCCAGACGUGAAGUUGAAUUACAUUGGCGUGCUAGCCGCUGUAAACAUAUUGUGCCGGUAAUUGAUGUAUAUGAAAAUGUAUUGAAAUCAGAUAAAUGUCUGUUUGUCAUCAUGGAAUGCAUGGAAGGUGGUGAAUUAUUUCAACGUAUACAAGAUCGUGCUGAAAAUGCUUUCACUGAACGUGAAGCGGCCGAAAUAAUGCGUGAAAUAUGUAAAGCUAUACGGUUUUUACAUUCAUUAAAUAUUGCUCAUCGUGAUGUUAAACCAGAAAAUCUUCUCUAUACACGUAAAGAUCAUACUGGUAUAUUGAAAUUGACCGAUUUUGGUUUCGCAAAAGAAACAAAUAGUGCAUUACAAACACCAUGUUAUACGCCUUAUUAUGUGGCGCCAGAAGUACUUGGUCCAGAGAAAUAUGAUAAAAGCUGUGAUCUCUGGUCAUUAGGUGUUAUUAUAUACAUCCUAUUAUGUGGCUAUCCACCUUUCUAUAGUAAUCAUGGAAUGGCCAUUUCACCUGGUAUGAAAAAACGUAUACGUGCUGGUCAAUAUGAUUUUCCUGAUACUGAAUGGCGUCAUGUAUCUAAAGAUGCCAAAGAUCUAAUCAAAGCAUUAUUGACAACCGAUCCAGAAAAACGUUUAACCAUCGAACAGGUUAUGAAACAUAAUUGGAUUGCUAGAUAUACCGAGGUACCACAAACACCAUUACGUUCCAUACAGAUAUUACGUGAAGAUCAAGAUCAAUGGCCUGAAGUACAAGAAGAAAUGACACAAGCAUUACGUACAAUGCGUGUUGAUUUUGAUCCAAGCGUUAGACUUAAAACAAUGGACGCAAUAAGUAAUCAAUUAUUGGAGAAACGUAAAAAUCGUACAGUAAAACCGCCAAAAUCAACACAUCCAAUUGCAUAACAAUACCAUACACACACACACA